AGAAGAUCAGUGCAAAACGAACAACUUCUGAAGAAAGAAAAAUAAAAUAACAACAUCUGCAGUGAAGUCGGGCAUCAAAACUAACUCAGAGAGAUUCAAAAUGUUUCUACAAGAAAUUUUGGUUUUGAUCACCGUUCUGUUACCGGUUGUAUUCUCCACAGAAGAUGUUGAAACUCAGAAGAAACGAUCGGUAAAUUACUACGCCGUUGAAGGUUGCUACUCCUCAUUUCCAAGCGCAGGUUUCAGAAGACGGAUGCGUGGCCAUAACUCCAACGUAAAGUGUCAAGAGAUAUGCAGAGAUAAGGGUUACAUUUUGGCGGCGACGAAAGGCGAUCAAUGUCAGUGUGGAAACAUAUACCCCAAAGGAAAAAAGUUGGCCGACAAUCGAUGCACCAGCAGAUGUCGAUCGUGGUCACCCUGUCAUGGACCUCAAAGCUGCUGCGGUGGACCCAGUGCUUAUACCGUCAGCGUCGUUGGCAACAUUGAUGUCGCUAAACAAGUUCUUCGUAGACUAAGUCACGCAUGGCAAACAAACAGCGGGUACAGGAAGUACAUGAUCGCACGUGUUAGAAGACCACGCACUAGAAGCAACAAGGACAACUGGUGGAAAUCCUUUGACCAUAAAGGUUGGUCGCAAUGCGGGAAUGGUAGGUACAUGGCAGGAUUGUACAGGAACAAGAGAAGACGACGUAGAGACCCCAUUUUCCUUCUCGAAGCGGCGAAAUGUGUCGAUGCGCCUGGCUACCUGUAUUCAUCACCGGGGGAUCGGUAUUGUUACAACCACAACUGGUGGAAAAGUUUCGAUCGCAAAGGUUGGUCUACCUGCAAAUACGGUUACUACAUGACCGGACUCUGGAGAAAUUCGGGAAAUAAAUUAAGCCACAUCGAAGAAGCCAAAUGCUGCCGGCCGAAGUCCCAGGUGAGACGAUGGGGACAUUGUUACAAAAAAAACGUCUGGAAAUCAUUCGAUCGCAAAGGAUGGAACAACUGUAAACGAGGAUACUACAUGGCGGGGUUAUACAGAAACUCGUGUAACAAAUUAUACUGCUUGGAAGAGUUUAAAUGCUGCAAGAUGGGAUCUUACAAUGGAAAUUCAUGGGUAAAUAAACCAGAUUUAGUGAUCAAAGUCAAAGAUAAAUCUGGACAGCUUAAACAGUGUUCAAUGAAUGCGAUGGAUAGAUCUGCUGGUAGCAACACAUACAAGUGCAAAAGUAUUUCCGAUCGCUCCAACAUUUUGGCGCUCAAUGCUUUGAAAUUCAACAUCGAAGAUACGUCGCCACUGAACGUCGCCAAACCUGAACCAGUCAAAGGUUUUCGUCCCGUCAUAUGCUCUGCUCAUUCCAAUCCGUACAAGUGCACGAAGUGGCUCACGACAUCGGUAUCAACUUCAUCCACCUUCAAGAUUGGUUCAGGAUUCUCUUUGGCUGUGAAAGUUGGGGCAUCUGUGGAAGUCCGUGCAGGAUUCUUUGGCACAGGAGCGAAAACCACCUUCACAACUGAAGUCACGGCCACAUCCUCUUUCAAUGUCGAAGCCAGUAAAACGAAUACGUACACGACAACGGAUAAGACUGAUGUUUCCAUUGAAGUGCCGAAAAACGCUGAAAUCACCAUCAACCUUCUGAGAACACUCCAGGACUUGGAGUACAAAUGGAAAGCAAUCUUCGAGUUGUUGGGAAAAUACUCUGUCAAAUGGAAAAAUGGUCAGGAAAUUUCUCAAGAUGUGACGACUGUGCUGUCUGGGUCGAAGAGACAGAUAUAUGCAUUUGGUAGGUGGAGUUACCCUGGUACAGAUGUGUUGAGAGUGGUGCUCACUGACAAGUAUGGGAAUAAGAGGUCUGAUGGAUGUGAACAUGAGACAGGAAAAGGAAAGCGUUGUGAUUUGUGAAGAAGAAAAUAUAUGAACAUUUGUUGAACUUUAUAACAAUUACCAGAUAUUCAAUCGUGUCAUUCUAAUCAAGAGGACAUGUUAGAACUUAGAAGCAAUUUUCAUUCAUCUUACAAGACAUUAGAAUUAGCACGUAACCAGAAAUUCCGGUCAUUAAUUACCAUAACAGAUCAUGUAAUGCCAGAAUUUCGCAAUCAAAGAUGGCCGCCUUGUUAUUAUAGAAUUAUAUAAGGCGCGAGAAUAAAUUGAAAUUAAAAAAAUUCUACCUUACAUAUUUUAGUUGCGGAGCUUGAUUUAAGACGAGUAGAAACUCAGUACUGUUGUGAAAAUUAUUUCAUAUUUUUAUAUUACCUUUAACAGGUUUCCCAUAAAUCUAAUUUCAGCAAAUAAACAUUAUAUUGCAAGUAUGUAAAAUAAUAGUUAUUCGCUGAAAUGAAAUUACUGGGGAACCUGUUAAAGGUAAUAUAAAAUAU